UAAUUUUCGUUUUAUUUCUAGUAUAUAUUUCUAUUUAUAAUCGAUUAACAUAAAUAUAAUAUAUAAAUAAAUGCUAAUUAUUAAAAUUAUUUAUAAAACAUAAAAUUUUUAUGAUAAUUCACAAAACAUGAAUAGUGUUGUUUUGAAAGAGGCUUUCGAAGUUGAAUCCAAACAUGGUGCUUUUUAUACAGGAGGAAAAGUUCAAUGGAGUACAGAUGGACAAUAUAUAUUUUGUCAAAAAUAUGGUACAAUUUCUAUAUUAUCAGUAAAGAAAGGUAUAGUAAUAUCUUACUUAGGAGAAAAUAAUAAUAAUGAAGAAGAUACAAUUAAUACAUUUAUUGCAAGUAAUAAUAACUUAAACAUUAUCACACAUCAUAAAAGUGGUCUUUUCAAGUUAUGGAAUUGGAAAGAUAAUAAAUUAAUUAAAUUAUGGAAGUCUAUUCACAAAGGUCCUGUAGUUCAUAUUGCUCAUUCCAUGGAAAGAAAUUUGAUGGCUUCUGGAGGUAGUGAUGGUAUUGUCAGAUUAUGGGAUUUACAAUAUCAUACUUGUACUCAUAAUUUGAAAGGAGUUCAAGGAGUUAUAAGCGUUUUAGUUUUUCAUCCAAAUAUUGAUAAAGAACUUAUCUUUGCUGCUGGAGAUGAUAUUAAAAUUCAUGGAUGGAAUAUUAAAACUGGUGAAAAAGAAAUUAUGCUUUCUGGACAUUUUAGUAAAGUUACAUCUUUAUCUUUUAUUAAGAACCAGGAUUAUUUAAUUAGUUCAGGAAGAGAUAAAGUACUUAUUUUGUGGGAUCUAACUUCUGAAUCAUCAAUACGAGUUAUACCAGUUUAUGAAGAAAUAGAAGAUACAUUUAUUAUACCUAAAAAUUUAUCACUAUCUGAAUCUUUUUAUAACAAAGAUGAAAAUGCUAUUCAUAUUGCUACUGCAGGAGAAAAAGGAAUUGUAAAAAUUUGGGAAAUGAAAACUGGUAAAGAAGUAUAUGCACAAAAAAAUUCAAUUAUAUCAGCUGCAAAAGAAACAGAAACUCUCUCAAUUACACAUUUACUUUAUAAUGAUAUCAGUAACAACUUUGCUGUAGUUACAGUUGAUCAUAAUAUAAUUAUUUAUUCAUUAGAAACAUUUGAGUGUAUAAAACAGUUAAUAGGUUACAGUGAUGAAAUUUUGGAUAUUGUAUUUCUUGGAGAUAAUGAGAGCCAUAUAGCAAUUGCUACUAAUAGUUGUGACAUAAAAUUAUACAAUACUUUAACUAUGAAUUGUGAAUUGUUACGUGGUCAUAUAGAUAUUGUGCUAUCUCUUGCUACAACACAUGCUAAUGUCUAUUUACUUAUAUCUGCAGCAAAGGAUAAUAGUAUUCGUGUAUGGCUUAUGGAUAAACAAACAAAUAAAGUAUCUUGCAUUGCAUCUGCUACUAGACAUACUGCUCCUAUUGGUUGUAUUGCAAUUUCUCAAACAUCUUUCAAGUUUUUUGUUUCUGUUAGUCAAGACUUAUGUCUUAAAUUAUGGAAUUUACAAAAUGAUAUUGAAUUUAAAGGUAUAUGUUCUUUAAAUGUUAUUCAUACAACAUUGGCUCAUCAAAAAGAUAUUAACAGUGUAACUAUUUCACCAAAUGAUAAAUUAAUUGCUACUGGAUCUCAAGAUAAAACAGCUAAGUUAUGGUCUGCUGAUUUACAAUUACUUGGUGUAUUUCGUGGACAUCGUAGAGGAGUUUGGUGUGUACGAUUUUCACCCAUAGAUCAAGUACUUCUAACAACAUCAGCAGAUUGCACAAUAAAACUUUGGUCAUUAACAGAACUUCACUGUUUAAAAACAUUUGAAGGUCAUGAAUCAUCAGUAUUAAAAGCAGAAUUUUUAUCACGUGGAAUGCAAAUAAUUACAGCAAGUGGAGAUGGUCUUUUGAAACUUUGGAAUAUUAAAACAUCAGAAUGUAUAUGUAUUUUAGAACAGCAUGAAAGCCGUAUAUGGUCACUUGCAGUUAGUAAAAAUGAAAAAACUAUUAUUAGCGGUGGAAGUGAUUCAUUGUUAGUAAUUUGGAAAGAUGUAACUGAGGAAAAGAAGAUAAAAGCUGCAAAAGAAUUAGAACAAAUUGCAUUGGAAGAACAAAAAUUAUCAAAUUUAUUUAAAGCAAAUGAGUUAACUUCUGCAUUAAAAUUAGCUUUAAAAUUAGAACGUCCUUUUCAAGUUCUCAAAAUUGUAGAAACUAUGUUAAAAAAAAAUAAUUUUCAUCUUGAAAAAACAAUUCAUGAAUUAAAACCAAUUUAUAAAGAAGAACUGCUGAAAUGUGCUGUUACAUGGAAUUUUAAUAGUAAAAAUUGUCAAGUUGCUCAGAUAAUUAUAAACACAUUAAUGAUGGAAAUAGAAAAUUUGGAAUUUCAAACAAAAUUAACUUCCACAUUGGAAUCUAUGAUACCAUACACUAAACGUCAUUAUAUAAGAAUAACAAAAUUAUUAGAAAAUUUGCAUUUAUUCAAUUAUACUCUCAAUCGUAUGAAACCACGGAUUACAAUUGUAGAAAUGAGCUAAAUAUGUAACUAACGAAUUGUAAAAAGUUCUGUAAGAUUUUACAUACUUUUUAAUAUAUUUCUACUUUUUUAAUAUAAAUUUUUAAUGAUAUAUAUAGAAUUUUUUAAAAGAUGAAAAUUUAUUUA